UGCUUUUGCACUUUUAUUAUCAUAAAAUUAUAAUUAUUACACACCAUGGCGCCGGUUCAGGACCUUCGCAGACUUGUUAAUGGCGUCUCUCUGAUAGCCAAAGAGAUAGCAAAGCGUUCCCAAGCUCUCCAGGGUGCCAAAACUGGAGAUUUUGAAACAUUUCUUUCAUCCUCCGUUAAGAAAGUUAUCCUUUCGGCUACAGAUUUGACCAGUCUUACCAGAGGAGAGGUUCGCGAAUUUGAUAAAGCCUGCCCCAAGGAAACCGUUGUUCACUUCACGAGCUCAACCGAUUCCGCGAAUUCAAACUCGUUUCACAAUGAACGUACCACGCUGGUGGAUCAAGAAAAAUGCGUUAUGUCCGAUAUUAGAUCGAACGAAAGCAGGGAAUUUCACGAUCUGGAGAUGUAUAACCAAGAAAGCACUGAGAAAACUUUGGAUUCGGCGUCUUCCAAGUCUAGUGGUACGGGAGAUACCCGUCCUUUGGGGAAUUCAGAAGCAAACGUUAUAUCGCAAGAAUGCAAGUCUGAGGAUUUGCCGGCGAAGAAGGACGCAGACCAAGGAUAUCAUCAGGUGGCAAUUCCACCUGUUAAGAGGAGGCGGCCACGAGAGAGGAGAGUCCCUUCGACACCCUUUACCAGAGCACUUGGGUUUGCUGGUUUGGGUGCUGGGCUUGCAUGGGGAACAAUGAAAGAGUCCACCAAGAGGCUUGUAUUUGGGACAGGCAAUUCACAAGACAAACAAUCUGCCCUCUCACCAUUCUUAUCUGAACAAAAUGCAGAGCGUUUGGCUCUUGCACUGUGUAGAAUGCGUGGUGCAGCACUCAAAUUGGGACAGAUGUUGAGCAUACAGGAUGAAUCACUUGUACCUGCUCCGAUAUUGGCUGCUUUGGAUAUUGUUCGUCAAGGUGCAGAUGUCAUGCCUAGGAACCAGCUCAAUCAAGUUUUGGAUAAUGAAUUAGGUCCUGACUGGUCCACAAAGCUGCAGAGUUUUGAUUAUGAGCCACUGGCUGCUGCAAGUAUAGGCCAGGUACAUCGAGCUGUCACCAAGGAUGGGUUGCAUGUCGCAAUGAAGAUACAGUACCCUGGUGUCGCGGAUAGCAUUGAAAGUGAUAUUGAGAAUGUGAAGCUACUUCUGGAUUAUACUAAUCUUAUUCCUAAAGGGCUUUAUCUAGAUAGAGCCAUGAAGGUGGCUAAAGAGGAACUAUCACGCGAAUGUGAUUAUAAGUUGGAGGCAAGUAAUCAAAAACGAUUUCGUCAUCUUCUGUCCGUCACUGAAGGAUUCUAUGUUCCACUUGUCAUUGAUGAUAUCUCAAGUAGAAGAGUCUUAACGACAGAAUUUGUGUCUGGGGUUCCUAUUGAUAAGGUGGCCUUGUUAUCCCAGGAGACUCGUAAUUAUGUUGGAAAAAAGUUGCUCAAGCUCACUUUGAUGGAGUUAUUUGUUUUUCGUUUUAUGCAGACUGAUCCUAAUUGGAGCAAUUUUCUAUAUGAUGAGAGCACAAGAAUGAUCAAUCUCAUUGACUUUGGGGCUGCUCGAGAUUACCCAAAGAGUUUUGUUAAUGACUACCUAAGAAUGGUGCUUGCUUGUGCAAACUGUGAUAAAGAUGUGGUGAUUGAAACGUCAAGGAGGCUUGGGUUCCUUAAUGGAAUGGAAUCAGAAAUAAUGCUCGAGGCUCAUGUCCAGGCUGGUUUUAUUGUGGGUUUACCAUUCUCGAAGCCAGGUGGGUAUGAUUUCCGCUCCACAAACAUCACACAGAGCAUUUCAAACCUUGGGGCAACAAUGCUGAAGCACAGGCUGACCCCACCGCCAGAUGAAGUCUACAGUCUUCACCGUAAGCUCUCAGGUGCCUUCUUGGUCUGUAUCAAACUUGGAGCUGUUGUACCAUGUAGGGAACUGUUGCUUGAAGUCUAUGAGCAGUAUCGAUUUGGUGAUGAAGAUGAUGAUGGAGAGAUCUUGUCCAGCGGCUCAAUUGCAUAACAUUGUUUCUCAAUGUCUUCAUUAAUUGAUCUGUUAGUAGUGUUGGAAUG